AUGGCCGGUUUCACGGUAGCACUGAUGAUGAUAAUGAUAGGGGUGAUCAUAGUGUCUCCUUGUGUCUAUGGAAAAGAGUUCUCCGAUCGCAAGGAAAUCGAAGUAGAAAGACUUUUGAAGCGACUCAACAAGCCUGCUCUUAUAUCCAUUAAGAGCGAAGAUGGAGAUAUAAUAGAUUGUGUUCCAUUACAUACUCAACUAGCUUUUGAUCAUCCUCUCCUUAAAAACCACAUCAUCCAGAUGAGACCGAGCUUUAUACCGGAAAGUACGUCUACGUACACCAAUAAUUAUACAAAUGUUACUCAGGCGUGGCACAAGAAUGGAGUAUGCCCAGAAAAUACAGUUUCGAUAAGAAGAAUAAAGAAAGAAGAUAUCUAA